AUCUGUCUGUCUGUGUGUGAGUGUGGAUGGUGCACUUAUUCAGACUCUGAGCUCAAGCUUACAGUUGUAGUCAGAUAUUAAAAUAUUCCGACUGCUUAUACUGUAAAUCCAGUGGAGAAUUAAACCGGAGACCGAGCUGUUUCGAAGAUUCAUUUUUGUGUUGAUCUUGUGGAGUAGAGGGAGUUUGGCUGGCUAUUUCAGGACCAGAUUUGAUGGUGAGAGAUGUAUGAGCCGUUGUGGUCUGCGUGCUUCCCACACCGCAGCAUUCAGGGCUGAGAUCAACAAAGCUCUCACUUUCUGGAUUUCACGCGACUAUGUGCUCCUGACAUGCCUUUCUGAGAGGGGGUCAUAGCUAAAGUGAGACACAUUUGACUGGCUGGGCCUUUGGCCAUGAUGGCCCCACGUAAGCGAGGAGGGCGGGGCCUGUCAUUACUCUGUUGCUGUCUAAAGAAGAGCGACCAUCCCGAGAUCACCUACCGCAUCCGCCAUGACAGCAACUUCACACUGCAAGCCAUGGAGCCCACCCUGCCCAUGCCCCCCACCGAGGAACUGGAUGCCAUGUUCUCUGAACUGGUGGAUGAGCUGGAUCUCACAGAAAAACAUAGAGAGGCCAUGUUUGCCCUUCCUGCCGAGAAGAAAUGGCACAUCUACUGUAGCAAGAAAAAGGUAAGAAAUUAGAACUGGAAGAGACUAGGCAGGGACUCCCCGGCACGGAUACGUUUUGCAUU